GUGAAGAUUAAAGAGAGUCAGAGUUUGUCACAGUAAUAAUGGCUCCUCAGUACGCCCCCAGUCUCCGCUCAAGACUUCCUCUCGUGGCCUUCCUGCUGGAAACCAUCUUUAUCCUACUGUUUGUCUUUUUUGUGAAAAUAGAGCAGCAUGAGUCUGACAGUAAGCUUUUCAUCCGCUCAUAUGCAGAAUUCCAAGAUAUUCAUGUGAUGAUAUUCAUGGGGUUUGGAUUCCUGGCCACGUUCCUUGUACGAUAUGGUUUCAGUGGAUCAGGGUUUAACAUGCUGUUAGCAGCCAUGGCCAUCCAGUGGGCCGUCUUGAUGAAUGGCUUCCUGCUGCCACAACGCCACCACAGAAGAGAGAUCCACAUCAGUAUGAAGAGUGUGAUUGAGGCAGAGCUCUGUGCAGCAUCCGCUCUGGUUGCAAUGGGAGCAGUCCAUGGGAAGACAAAUCCUGUCCAGCUUUUACUAAUGGCUCUGGUGGAGGUCACUGGAUUUGUGAUCAAUCAGUGGAUCCUGCGAACUCUGCUCCAUGCAGAUCCACUGUACAGCAUCAUGAUGCUUCAUAUCUUCGGGGCUCUUUUUGGUGUGAUGGUGUCAUGGGUGCUGUACAGAGAGGGAAUCAAUCCAAAACAUGAGAAAGAAAAAAUUGACCGUAGCACUGGCUUAUUCGCAAUGUUUGGAACACUGUUUCUGUGGAUGUUCUGGCCCAGUUUUAACUCGGCGCUGGUGUCUCACAUGGAGAGAGAACUGAAACUCACUGUGAUAUAUGGGACGUAUCUGUCUCUGGCCGUCAGUGUUGUCAUGGCGAUGUCUGUUUCUAUGCUCACCAGCUCCAAAGGAAAGAUGAACAUGGUUCAUAUACAGAGCUCUGCCCUGUCUGGUGGUGUUGCUAUCGGAGUUGCCAUGACGGCAGUCCACGAGCCAUGGAUUGCAAUGAUGAUUGGCUUCUGUGCCUCUCUCGUAUCAGCCCUGGGAUUCCAGUACAUGAAGGAUCACAUGUUGUUUGCUUUUGAGUGCCAUGACACCUGCGGCGUCCUCAAUGUGCACGCCAUACCGGGAAUCCUGGGAUGGUUCGCUCAUUUAUUUAUACGGCUGGCCAGUAGUGAAAGCACAAUAGCUGUGCGGUUUGCUGUGUAUCACAUCUGUGUUCUCCUCAUAACAGUGUGCAUGAGUCUGGUGAUGGGAACGGCUACAGGACUUUUCCUUAAAUGGAGUUUGUGGAGACCCCAGCAGGACAGGAAGUGCUUUGAUGACCAGGCAUUCUGGGAGUUUCCAAAUUUGGUGGUACAUGUUUGAAGAACUUGUGGACACAUCUAAAAGAGAACUCCAGGCAUAAAUGCAAUUAACACAAAAUCUAUAUGUUUGAGAAGUCACAGGUUGCUUAAGUAAACAAUUUACAAUAUAAAA